AUGACAGAACCAGAUGAUACAUUUGUGGAGUCGUCACAGAUCGAGGGAACACCGCAAAGUGACCAUGUGCGAGUAUUGGUUGCUACCGAUUUGCAUAUAGGAUUUGCGGAAAAGAUUUUGGGUCGUGAUGAAGAUUCGAUAAGAACGUUUGAAGAAGUUCUGCAAAUUGCUAGCAAAAAAGAAGUUGAUUUCGUCUUACUUGGCGGUGACUUAUACCACGAAAAUAAUCCAUCUCGUGAAAUGCAGCACCGCGUGACGCGAUUGCUUCGCCGAUACUGCCUUAACGAUCGUCCCGUAGCUCUUCGCUUUCUGAGUGAUCCCGCUGUAAAUUUUGCACACAGUGCCUUCGGCAAUGUAAAUUACGAGGAUAGGAACAUUAAUGUUGGUUUACCGAUAUUCACAAUACAUGGAAACCAUGACGAUCUCACUGGAAAGGGUUUAACAGCGUUAGACGUGUUACAUGAAUCAGGCCUCCUCAACUUGUUUGGUAAAUUUGAAGACAUUGACAAAUUUGUUAUUUCACCGUUACUUCUGAUGAAAGGAAAAACAAAGUUAGCGCUGUAUGGCAUUGGCAGUCAGCGGGAUGAUCGUUUGUGUAGAGCAUUUCGAGAAGAGGAGAUUCGAUUUUUACGCCCCAAAGAAGAUACGGAAUCAUGGUUUAAUAUAUUAGUGUUACAUCAAAAUCGACCGGUGCGAACACGUGAACGAUCAACUGGAGGACAUCUACCCGAAAAUCUUAUUCCAUCAUUUUUUGACCUCAUUAUUUGGGGGCACGAGCAUGAGUGUAAAAUUGAUCCACAAUAUUACGAAAGUGGUGUUAAUGUUUGCGGCGAUGGUUUCUACAUAAUACAACCAGGUAGUACUAUAGCUACCGCGUUUUCACCAGAGGAAGCGAAACCGAAGCAUAUUGCUCUUGUAACAAUUAGUGGACGCAAGUUCUUUUCUCAAAAAAUAGCUCUGGAAACACCUCGGCAAAUGCUUUUUGCUGAUUUAACAAUUACGGUUGAGCCACCUUCCACAGUUUCAAAGAAUAGCCGACCAAAAAACAUGCCUGAUGAAAAAGUGAUAGCAGCAGAAGUUGAGAAAUUGUUGGCAGAAGCUGAAAAAGUAAAAACGGCAAAGCAAGCUUAUCCCCCGUUAUUACGCCUUCGAGUAACCUAUCCUGAAUCAUGGACUAAUGUUAUGAAAUUAAAUUGUCGACAGUUUGGUGCUGCAUAUGCAAAGCGAAUAGCGAACCCAUCUGAUAUGAUAACCGUUAAAAUAAUGAAAUCAAAAAAAGAAGAGAAGAAAAGAAAAGAAGGUUUCAAGGCUAUCACAAAUAUAGAAAGAGCAGCAACGGUUGAAGAAAUUGUUAACAAUCAUUUUGCUACUGAGGAUAACGACACACUUAUGGUACUUGAUACGGAAACACUGAACGAUGUUGUAAAAUUUCAAGUUGAGCAGGAAGAUGGAAAGCGAGUUAAAAAUAGGCCGCUGAUUGAAAAUUUGAAUGUUAAAAAAAAGAAGUUGAUUGAUGCUCUUUGCAAAGUAUCAUACGAUGAUUUCCUUUCCUUCGAUAAAAUACCAAGCCAGCAAUUACUGGAGCAGUUCGAAGAUUUAAUUAAUUCGGAUAUCAAAAAGGUCCGGAGUGUUAAUAUUCAAGGAUUGAAAAGUAUUGAGUGA